AUGAGGGCUUCGGCCCCGCUGCUGGCCCUGCUCCUGCUGGGGGCCCGGGCCCAGCACAGUUCCGAGUGGACCUACUCAGAGGGGGCACUGGACGAAGCGCACUGGCCAAGGGAGUACCCCACCUGUGGGGGGACGAGACAGUCACCCAUCGACCUGCAGAGGAGAAAGGUUCAGUACAACCCGUCGCUGAAGGCUCUGAACCUGUCAGGCUACGAGGUCCCGGCGGGCGAGUUCCCCAUGGUCAACAACGGCCACACAGUGCAGAUCAGCCUGCCCCCGAGCAUGCGCAUGACGGCCAGCGAUGGCACCCAGUACAUAGCGGAGCAGCUGCACUUCCACUGGGGUGGCGCGUCCUCCGAGAUCAGUGGCUCCGAGCAUACCAUCGACGGGAUCAGAUUUGUGGCUGAGAUUCACAUCGUUCACUACAAUUCUAAAUACAAGAGCUACGAUAUAGCCCAGAGUGAACCGGAUGGUUUGGCUGUGCUCGCAGCCCUUGUUGAGGUCACGGAUUUCGGUGAAAACACUUACUACAGCAACUUCAUUGCUCACUUGAACAACAUCCGGUAUCCAGGACAAAGCAUGGUUCUGAGUGUCCUUGACAUUCUGGACAUGCUCCCCGAGAACGUCCACCACUACUACAGCUAUAGAGGGUCACUCACCACUCCUCCCUGUACUGAGAACGUCCACUGGUUUGUGCUGGUCCGUCAUGUCCCGCUCUCCAGCGCACAGAUUUGGAAGCUAGAGAAUUCCGUAGUGGAUCACCAGAACAAGACCCUCCACAAUGACUACCGGAGGACCCAGCCCCUGAACAAUAGAGUGGUGGAAACCAACCUCAUCAAUCUCCCUAACCAGGUCCACCUGGACCUCUCCACAUUUAAGAACAAGGAACAGAGGUGCAAGGACAUCAAGCAACUUGAUCCAGGUGCCUCGGGUAUGAAACAGCAAAGCAAGAUCUAG